CUGCCUCCUUCCUUCCCUCCCCGCCCCUCCGGAGCGACAUCCCUGCGAGUUUGCCUGGCUGCCCGCGCCCGUCGCCGGGCGCUCGCCGCCGCAUCUCCCUCUCCAUCAACUCCUGGGAGCCGCCGGCGGAGGGCAGGGACCACAAGUUGCGGCCAGCCCGGGUGGAAAAGUAGCGGCAAGAGCGGAAGAGGCCGGAACCGAGCGCAGCCCGGCCCAGCCGAGCGGGGCCGGCACUGCGGCCGCCCCCCGCAGCCCCCGGCCGGGGCCGGCCCCGCGCCCCGGGCCGCGCCGGCCGGGACAGAGCUUCGCAGCCCCGCGGGAGCCGGCGCGAAAGAGCCUACAUGUGAAGUGAAAGGAAACCUGAAACUGCUCUUCUUACAAGAAAGUAUUGGCUUUCUGCCUCUUUCACAUGUUUUCCUUUUGCAUCAUAAUGGAAGGAGCAGGAUUUUUUGAAUCAUCGAGGCCAAAUUUGGGCAUCACUAGCUGAAGAGAAGAUUAAAAAAUACUUGAAGAUAUGUCAAUAUGACUCUUAAUUCAGGUGCAUCUUUCACAAACAGAGAGGAAUAGUGGUUAAAAUCACUGCAGUUUCAUCAAAAGGAUCUAAUGGAGGAUCUAUGUUGAUUUUUUUAAAUUAUUUUUUUCCUUCCUUUCCCUCCAUGAAUCCCAAAAGAGAAAGAUGGAAAGAGUGUGUAAGGAAAUUGAAAAAAGGCAACAACCGAAGACAGUAACUUCAAUUUUGGAGUCUAUUUUCCAAGUGUUCUAUAUUCCCUAUUUUAUCAAGCAUAACACAUUGUUUGGAAUAAAUUAUGUCAUUUUGUGAUCAGUGGAGUUUUCAUCACCUCUAAAAGUGGAAUUUGGUCCGAUUGAAAGCUUUUUAAAAAAGCAAACAUAUUACUCCAGUUCCCUUUUUAGAUCAUGCUUUUCAAGUUACCAAAAGAUAGUGUUUCAGUCUGUUACUGUGCAGUCGAUCUGUGCUUUAAAUGCAUAUCGUAGAGAUUUUACUUUUUCCCUGAUUUUAGUGCUUAUGCUUGUAGUGUUGUAUUUGAGAAAAGUGUGAACAGACAAGGCACCUGAGAUUUAGUUUUUCAAGAGCCUUGUCAUUUCAAUGUUGUAUCUCGGAUUACAAGUCUGAGCCUUUGUUGUAAUGCACAGUAUAAAAUAGGUCUUUUCUCAUAAAAAUAUGCCUUAAGAUACUAUUUUUUUAACAAACUGGAUGAAACUUUGAUAUCUGAACACUGUUUUGUGAAGAAAUGUAUGUCUGGGGAAGAGGAGCUGCCUAAUGGAUCAUGGCUCUGAUGUUCACAGGGCAUACUCUAUUUCUAGCAUUAAUGGUGUUUGAUGUCUUCACUUUUGAAGAAUCUGUAAGCAAUUACUCUGAUUGGGUGACUUUCAUAGAAAAUGUAGAUCAAUAUGAAAAACAGCAACUUGAAGGUCUUAGUGCUGAGCAGAAGCUGAAAAGAACAGUUCUUCAUCCAAGCUUGUAUUUCGACCCUCAGGAUGUUCAGGCACUGAGGCAAAAGGCUCGUACAAGCCAUUUGCAUCUCUUCCGAGCCAUCAGAAGUGCAGUGAUGGUUAUGCUGUCCAACCCUUUGUACUACCUACCUCCACCCAAGCACAUUGAUUUUGCGGCCAAGUGGAAUGAGAUUUAUGGUAACAACCUGCCCCCUCUGGCAUUCUACUGUUUGCUGUGCCCCGAAGAUAAAGCUGCGUUUGAUUUUGCCCUAGAGUAUAUGGAUAGAAUGGCUGGCUACAAAAACUGGCUGGUUGAGAAUGCUCCUGGAGAUGAAGUGCCACUCGGACACUCCCUGACAGGAUUUGCCACUGCUUUUGACUUCUUGUAUAAUUCACUGGAAAAUGAGAGAAGGCAAAAAUACCUGGAGAAGAUAUGGUCCGUAAGCGAGGAGAUGUAUGAGUACUCCAAGGUUCGUUCCUGGGGAAAGCAGCUUCUCCAUAAUCACCAAGCAACCAAUAUGCUUGCUCUGCUUAUUGGGGCUUUAGUUGCCGGAGUGGACAAAGGAUCUCAGGCGAAUAUUUGGAAACACACUGUGGUUGAUGUGAUGGAGAAAACAAUGUUUCUCCUCAAUCAUAUUGUGGAUGGGUCUCUGGAUGAGGGAGUUGCUUAUGGGAGUUACACAGCCAAGUCAGUAACCCAGUAUGUUUUCCUGGCCCAGCGCCACUUCGGUAUUAACAACUUGGAGAAUAACUGGCUAAAAAUGCACUUCUGGUUUUACUAUGCCACCCUACUGCCAGGCUUCCAGAGGACUGUGGGUGUUGCAGAUUCUAAUUACAACUGGUUUUAUGGUCCUGAGAGCCAACUGGUUUUCUUGGAUAAGUUCAUCAUGAAGAAUGGAGCUGGUAACUGGCUGGCACAGCAAAUUAGAAAACACAGACCCAAGGAUGGGCCAAUGGUGCCAUCCACUGCACAGAGAUGGAGUACAUUACAUACAGAAUUUAUAUGGUAUGCUGCUGAAAUCACUCCUCAGCCCCCUCCUGGCUAUGGUACUGCUAAAAUGCAUGUGUUUCCCAACUGGGGAGUUGUUACUUACGGGGCUGGAUUGCCAAACAGUCAGACAAACACUUUUGUAUCCUUCAAGUCUGGGAAACUCGGUGGGCGUGCUGUCUAUGAUAUUGUUCACUUUCAACCCUACAGAUGGAUUGAUGGGUGGAGAAGUUUCAAUCCGGGACAUGAACAUCCCGAUCAGAACUCCUUCACUUUUGCUCCCAAUGGACAGGUGUUUGUAUCUGAGGCUCUGUAUGGACCUAAACUCAGCCACCUGAACAAUGUCUUGGUGUUUGCUCCAUCUCCUACAAGCCAGUGCAACCAGCCUUGGGAAGGACAGCUUGGUGAGUGUGCCCAGUGGCUGAAGUGGAUUGGUGACGAGGUUGGAGACUCUACUGGAGAAAUUAUAACAGCCUCUCAGGCUGGUGACAUGAUGUUUGUGAGUGGUGAGGCAGUAUCUGCUUACACAUCAGCAAUGAAACUGAAAAGUGUGUAUCGCAUUUUGCUGCUCUUAAACUCUCAGACAUUGUUAGUGGUUGACCAUAUCGAGAAGGAGGAAGACUCUCCUGUUGAUUCAGUCAGUGCCUUUUUUCAUAAUCUUGACAUUGAUUUUAAAUACAUACCCUAUAAGUUUAAGAACAAGUACAAUGGAGCUAUGAUGGAUGUGUGGGAUGCCCACUACAAGAUGUUUUGGUUUGAUCAUCGUGGGAGUAGUCCUGUUGCUAGGAUACAGGAGGCUGAACAAGCUGCUGAAUUCAAAAAGCGAUGGACUCAGUUUGUAAAUGUUACCUUUCCAAUGAAAAACACGCUUACAAGGAUUGUUUACCUUUUCUAUGGCCCAUAUGUCAAUGUUUCUAACUGUAGACUCAUGGAUAAUGCAAAAUCUGGAUUUCAGAUUUCGCUCAGUGUCAACAACACUGAAAAUACCAUCUCUGUUGUGACUGAGUAUCAGAAUUUAAAGGCAAGGUUUGAUUACUUGGGAUUUGGUGGUUUUGCUAAAGUAGUUCAUGGGAAUAAAGUGACCAAGUUUGGUCUUGGUACUGAAUCUGUGAAAAAAGAUAUAAAAAAUAGUAGGGUAGUUUUUCCAUUUGGAUUCAAAGUGAACAUAAUUGCAGGGUUAAUUUUGGGCGUCAGUUUGGUCAUACUGGCUUUUCAGUGGCGGUUUUACAUAUCCUUUGGCAGAAUGUUGCGUUGGAUCCUGAUCCUAGUUGUUACACUGUGGCUUAUUGAAUUGGUGGAUGUGUGGAGCAUGUGUACUCAGCCCAUCUGUGCAAAGUGGAGCACUGACGUGACAAGGCUAGAACGUGAUAAAGGCAAUAAAGCCAAACAAUUAGAAGGAAACCCUGUUGUUUUGCCAGAUGUUAUCAUUACUUCACUUCCUACUUCUGGUGCAGAAAUUUUAAAGCAGCUAUUUUUCAACACCAGUGACUUUUUAUACAUCAGGAUACCUACACCCUAUCUUGAAAUUCCUGAGACUGAAUUUGAAAUUGAUUCCUUUGUAGAUCCAUGUGAAUGGAAGGUUUCCGAUGUCCAGAAUGGUAAUUUUCGUCUUAUCCAAGGGUGGCUCCAGUCUCUAGUUCAAGACACGAAGUUGCAUUUACAAAACAUUCAUUUAUAUGAAGCUAGCAGAAGUAAAAUUGCUCAGCAUUCUGCAUUAAGCAAAGACAAAAAGAAAAGGUCCAAAAAGAGAGAAUCCCUGUUAGAGCAAAGAAGCAGGGCAAGAGGAAGUCAAGAAAAAGAUGCUGAAUAUAUUAGGGAACUGAGAAGACACCUUGUCUAUUAUCCUAAUGCACGACCUGUGCUUAGUUUAACCAGUGGGAGCUGGACAUUAAAGCUUCCCUUCUUUCAGGAAAUCUUAGGGCCAUCAAUGAGAGCUUUAUAUGUAGUAAGGGACCCACGGGCAUGGGUCUAUUCAAUGCUGUACAAAAAUAAGCCGAGCCUUUACUCCUUGAAAAAUAUUCCACAACGCUUGGCUGCGAUGUUUAAAGGGGAGAAUGGUAAAGGAAAAUGUAGUUUAAAUGAAGGCUAUGCCUCUGAGUUUGAAUCACUGAGAAAAGAAAUUUCAAAUUCUAAUUCAAAUGCUAUUUCUGUGUUGUCUUAUUUAUGGCUAGCAAACACAGCAGCAGCGAUGAGGAUAAACAGGGACUUGCUGCCAACAAAUUAUCAGCUGGUCAAGUUUGAAGAUAUUGUGAGCUUUCCUCAGAAGACUGCUGAAAAAAUUUUUGCCUUUCUUGGUAUUCCUCUUCCUCCUGCUAGCUUAAACCAAAUAUUAUUUGCCACCUCCACCAGUCUUUUCUAUCUUCCCUAUGAAGGGGAGAUUUCACCAAGUAGCAUUCAUGCCUGGAAACAAAACAUGCCCCAUGAAGAGAUUAGACAGAUUGAAGAUAUAUGUUGUUCACUGAUGGACCACUUAGGAUACCCAAAGUUUAUAGAAUAAAUGCUGCUGGUCAGCAGAAAUUUGCACUAAUGAUCUCUGAGUCCCAAUUUGUGGAUAAAUAUUAGAUAAGUUUGUUUAUUCUUGUAAAAUGUGUACAGUCUGCUACUUUCAGAGAGAUUAUUUUAAGAAAAAUGUAACUGUUCUUGAAACUGUGGAAGGAUGUUUUUUGUUUUGAUUUUGUUUACUUUAAGAAGAUAUUGUAACUAUUUUUGUGGCCUUUUGAAAAAAGCUGUGUGAACCUUUGCAGAAGCACCAGCUGGGGCCUCUAUAGCUCAGGGGAUUAGUAAUAGAACAGAGAGCUUUUCACUUCCAGCUCACCAGUUUGACACCAGCCCAAAUGGUUAACUCCAGAAAGUAUUUGCCAUCUGAUGAUUGUAUAUGAUGGUUUAUGUGAAAUUAUACUUGUCAAACUGGUCCUGUUCCUAAUGGUCAUUCUUGGCCCCCUUGGAUGAGUUUACUGAUGCAUUCUGUCGAUGUCUCACUGGUCACUAUGGUGGUACAAAAUAAACAUAAGCUGAGAUUUAGGGCUGUUCAGCAUCCCCUUAGUGGGAGGAAACAGAACAUUAAGUAAAUCUAGUUUCUUAUUUACAAUUUGAGCAGACAGGUCCAGGACUGGAAUGGACUCAGAUAUAAAAGCUCGUUCUAGGGUAUGAUUCCUGCAUGUCAGAAAUGUGGUACUUAAAUUUGGGGUUGAUGUUUCACAAAAGAGAAAUAUUAAUUUUUCUGUUCCUGACAAUGAGGUACCCUUUGUGAGCCUGAAGUGAAUUAUAUGGAGGAAAAAAAAAAUUGGGAUGAAAUCCAAGAAACUAGCAAGAUCCCUUAAAUGUGCGGUUAAAUUUGUGUAGUUUUAACCUGCCUCAACCUAAUUUUGAAUGUUGUUAACAUAUUGACUUCUUGAACUCUUUUAUUCUAUACCUCUUGUCUUAGAGGUUCUGCAAGGAUAUUCUCUUUUUGAGUGAGACUCUUCCAUCCUUUGUUGUAACACAUUUCUCUGCUGAUUUUUGUGCAUAAUUACCCUGGGACCAGUGCAGGUAUGUGAUGCCAUUGGCAAUGGCCUAUUGUUGAUGUCUGCAUAAAAUGCAAUCUGAGAUUUAGAGGACCGCAAAUAAAUCUCUAGCCCUGUGUUGCCGUGGGAUGUUUUGCUUGUCUGUAUAAUGAAUUUCUGAAGGACAGCCAUUGCUAACCUCAGGUCUUCGAUCAGAGAGGGGAGAGAUCUGAAAAUCACCUGACCCUCAGCCACCUCACAUUUGAGUGAUGUUUCCCUGCAGCAAACUAUUUCCAAAGUUAUCUGAUAGUGUUUCUUUAACAUGAUGCUGUGUAUGAUAUUUGUUUGAAAACAGAUAGGCCUGAUAGGAUAGUUGCAUCUUUGUCACAGCUUAUUCUUUUCUUGAAUCACAUUCUUUGUUUGCACAUUAAGAAAAAAAUUCUCAUUUCCCAAUAUAACUUGCUCAGCAUUCUCUGGAAAUGCAUGCAUAUUGUAAAUGUCUGCAGAUGUGUAUAUCAGAUCACAAAGAGACCUAUUUCCUUGACCAUCUGUUUUUUAUUAUAAGUGGAAUUGUGUUGAAAUAUGCUUCAAUUGGUUUGUGGGAGCUGGAAUCAGAGCUUAUUAUAUUAAAAUAUGUGUGUAAUUGUUAUUUAUUUGGGUGGUAAGCAUUGGGCAAUGUCAAAAGUGCAGUGAGUUUCUUCAUAGGGAUUACAGAUACCCUUGCUGAAUUUUAAUAUAAAGGAGUUCUUCUUUUUUCUUCCAAUGUUACCAUUAUGUCCCUGCCCCACCCAGCUGUUUUGUCCCUCCCAUAAGUACAUUUCAUGUCCUUGAGAUAUCUCAUUGCAACCUCGAUAAAAGUACCUCUUUCACAGACAGUCAUUAGUAUGGCAAAACAGGCUUCUACCGUGAUAAAGCUAUUGAUAAUUUGUGGUCUUACUCACAGUAAAUUACCUGUCAUUUACUAGCAGUAGCUGUAUUUUCCCCUUCAAGCCUGUAUUUCACCUUUGGCUUGGUGGAGUGCCAUGUUAAAAGAAAUAUUAAACAAGUUAAUAUACACUGACAUUUUAGUGAAACUUUUGUUUCCAGCUAUCAUCCUCUCAAAUUGCCUUUUCUCUGCAGCCAUUUUUGAUUGUAUGUUAAAAGAAAGUAUUGAUGUCUGUACAGUUUGUACCUGACAGAAUAAAUUUCAGCAUUUACUUUCUAUUUCCGAGAUUUACAGUCUAGAAUCAGAACAAAUAAAAAGGCUUUUCUCUGUCAGAAGUUUUAGGGCAGCUGAAGAUAAGAUUUUGUGGUUAUACAGAGUUGUUCUCUAAAAUUCUCUUCUGUUACUGGUGUUCAAAAGAAGAAUGGUCACUACACAGACACAAACACUGACCUCCCUUUGCUCCAUAUAGUAAUGUUUAAAACUGUCAAUAAACUUUGAGAAUUGUUUGAACUUUUUGAAAAGAAUAUCUGUUUAGGUGCAUUGUGUUGAAAAGUGUUCUGACACUUUCAUUUUCACUUUCAUAAAUACACUAAUGAAAACUUAGUCUCAGUACUUCUUUUCUUUCUUUCCCUCCCUCUAUUAAAUGUUGAUAAUUAUUUGUACUGUAUUGUAGUUUGAAUUGUCCAGUUAUGACACAGCUAAGAUUCUAAUGUAUUUUUAAAAAGGCAGUUUUUAUUUAAAAUCUUGCCUCUAAAUCAUAUUUGGAAGCAUAAGAAAAGUAAAUACCAAGGAAAACAUUUCAGUUAUUUACUUUGUAAGUAAGUGACAUUGGCCUUGGGGAGAUGCACAUAGGUCUUGGCAUUCCGAGUUCUAUCAAACAGGAUAAAUCUGUAGUCUCUGAGCACAUCUAAAUUCCUCUAGUGCUCCCAGCAGGCUUUUUCCAAAAGCAAUGUCUGUGGAGCUGAUUAUCAGUAUCAUGGUCAGGCUGGUUCCUUCAUCCUUUUUGCGUGCAGCUGGCAUUCAGUCCUCAUCAGAUUUAUGCUUGAACUUGUCAGAUCCAGAGUUUAAUUUCUGCACAAGAUCCUCAGUUAUGUAAAUAUAUAUGGCACAACUCAUUUGACAGUGUAAUACUAUUCUCUUAGUGCUAGAAUGCAAUUCAAAUAAAAAUUGCUUUUCAGAUUUUAUGAAGUUAUUGUUAACUGAUUUGUAAACCUUCAGUUAUGGAUCAGAAUUUUUUUGAAACUGUAAAAAUUGUUUCAUUUGCUGUUGAAACAAUAUGGAAUAAUUAGUAGCAAACUCCUGUCCAUCCUACGGUCAAUUACUACCAUUAAAGACACUAUUUAUUUCGUGAAUGUAAACAUACAUUAACUGGAACAUAAUGCUGCAUUUCCUGAAAAUAUUUGAAGUGCACAGUUCAAGAUAAAGGAGGAAAACAUGUUAUCAAUAUUUCUGUAAGUUGCAAAAAUGAUCCUGUUUGCAAGUGGCCCAUAUGUUGGGUUCCAUAUGCUAGAAUAUUUUGUAAUUAGAAGCUGUGAUACUUAUUUAGGUGACUUAGUAAUUUAUAAAAAAUAUUUCUUUUUACUUAUAUAUAAAUUUUCUUCAAGAGGAUAAGUACUGGAUCCUUACAGUUCUAUGGUCAAGGCAUAAGCUUUCAUUUCUUCUGUACUCCUUUGUUAGAUUUGGUUCAGACUAAAACCUGAUUUGCUUAAAUCUGAUGAGGAAUGGGCUGUUUUCCAAGUGAAGAGUCUGUCUGGAGACUUACUGUCUCAAAUACCAUAUCUCAGUGUGGAAUACAGACCAUGAAUUAUGGAUCAAAUCUGUAAAUUAUUAUCUGUUCAGAAUUAGACCAUAAGUGGCAUGAUGCCUUGGUGAUCCCAGUGAAUGUUGUGCCCUUGCUUUCAACAGGAACAAAAUACUGUCAUCUACUGUCAUAAAAUUAUUAUCAACUAGUUAACCUGAAUAUUCCAAAACAGAAGAAAUGGCAGGAAAUAAAAACUGUAAGUGAUCAUUAAAGAUCAUUCUUCUUGAUAUUUGGUGGCAAAAGGAAGGGUAUUCUAAUAAUUUAAAAAAUAUAAAUUGCUCUGUAAGUCUAAAAAAAGGCUGUAGGCUGCCUGAUAAAUUUAUAAGCUCAUAAAAGGAGAUAUAGAAACAAACAUAUAUUCAAAGUAAUCUACAAAGCACAAUUUUCAAAUGUCAGGACUCUGAUUUUCUUUAGUGAGGAAACAUUUUCUGGUGUGUGAUCAACACUAUUCUCGUAAGGGAUGUGAACGGAUAAUCUCAUGCUGUCUCUGAAAAUACUUAAUAAUGGGAAAGUGCUGUUUCAUGUGGCUGAAAUGAUGCUGUUUCAAAUUAAACUAUACAUCUUUUGAGCAGGCAAUGUGCUGAGAGUUAUUUGUGGUGGAGGAGAACAAAGACAGUCUGAUCUCAUUCACACAGAAUAAUUUCUGAAAGCUUAAUUUAUGGUGGUAUAAAUUCAACACUUUGUUUACUGCCUUUACUGAGAAAGGUAUUGUGGAGUUUUAAGAACAUGACCUGAAUUAAUCUAUGUCACAUUGGGUAAUUUAACUUUCACAUCUAAAUACGGAGUCUUGUCACCCUAGAAUCAAUGGAAAAUGAGUGUUGCCCUCAAAGGUAAAUCAGACAUUGCUGCUAUCUUUUUAAAUGCUCAAAAGCCAGAUUUGGUGAAACCCUUAAUUUAGAUGCCCACUGACAAGCCUCAGAUGAAGUAGGAUGAAUUUGGAUUUAAUGUGUAUGGUCUUACAUUUAAGUAGAUAUCUGUGUCUGAGCAAUUCCAGUGUAUACACUGUCCUAACAAAAUUUUCUGAAACAUCCUGCAUAAAAUAAAACUGUUGUUAGUAAAACAA